UGCUGCGUGAGUGGUCCAUGACAAGUAUUAAUGGUCUCGUGGUGAGGUGGUGGUCACGUGACUUGCCACGUCCGGAGUUCCUAAGUAUCCAGGCUUCUCUCACCUCUUCAUUUCUCACGAUGUUUGUUUUGUGGUUCGCUAUCUUGCUGACUGCUGAUGCAGCAGGUCUGGUCGAUCUCCAGGACAUUAUUGAUUCCCAUCUGGAAACAGCUGGAGAUGGUGUCUCUGCUGAUAUUGAAGGUAGGGUUAGAUGCAGGGAUAUCACUGAUAUUGAGACACUCUGUGAACACAAGAAACAGUGCAUGGACGUCAUGCCCGAUCUACCGGAUCUCUGCCGAAGUUUCAAGAGAGAGAAAACUGGUGUGGACGAGUUUGUUGAGAUAAUAGACAUGCGCCGAAGUGAGACUCACAUCAUCUCCAUGUUGUCUGAUGUCAUUCAGGGUUACGCUGAUGCCAGUCCUCCUCUCAUCAUUCAGGGACCUAAAAACUUGACAGUCACUCCGGGAUCUCAAUACCAGCUGGAGUGCAAAGCUGAGGGAGCUCCGACACCUAAACUCACUAUCACCAGGUUGGAGGAAGCAAGUUUGAAUAGAGUCAAAUCAAAGAAGAACAAGCUUGAUGUUCAAAUGUCAGCGGCUCACGUGAUCCACAAGAAUGAAAGGGUCCAGAUCCAGGAUGAGGGAUGGUACAGAUGUGUAGCUGCCAACAAUCGCGGGGUUGUCUUUGCAGACGCUUACCUCCGGGUCUAUGAUCUCUGUGGAGAUAUCACGUGCACAGGGGGUAAGAUCUGCGUGCCUGAUAACGAAGCUGCCACUGCAUCCUGCGUCUGUCCAGAGUGCGUGGAUCCGAGCUACGACCCGCUCUGUGGAAGUGACUGUGUCACUCACUUCAACUUCUGUCAGCUUGAGCUCAAAAACUGUCUUUAUGGGACCAGCUACACCAGGUUUCUUGAUUCUAGAUUCUGCCCUGACUUCACCCCUCCUGAGUUUACUGUGACUCCACCAAGAACGCUCGCCGUGACGGAAGGAAAAGCUUUCACUCUAACCUGUAAAGCAGCUCCUGCUGGAAGGAGCCCAGGACCUCAACCUAUCAUCUCCUGGUAUUUGGCGGACUACGAAGCUCCAACCAAUGAGGAUCCCACGCUUUAUGAACCUGACUAUGGACAAAAACUUGGAGACGGGGAAACAAUCAAACUGAGAAUGAAGGAUGACCAUGACAUAUUCUGUGUCGCUCACCAGUGUAAACACGGCCAGAGUAUCCCCAUUGAUAUUGUUUCUGAUUCAGUGUAUGUCACCGUUGCCCCAGGAGAAAUCAACGUGUGGAGAGGUGGUCCGUCCUGUCAAGUGUUUGGGGAUCCCCAUAUCAUCACAUUUGAUAAUGCGGUGUACGAGUUUGAAGGACACUGUGAAUAUAUCCUGGCUAUGGAUUGUGAGAAGAGGAAGUGGUCUGUGUACGGUAGUUUUGAUACUUGCUCCACCCACGGUCGAGGGGCCUGUCUCUCGUCGGUCACUCUUUACUACAACGGCGAGGUCUCCCUUGAGCUGCUUCGUGGAAAGAUAGUCAACAACGCAGGCAAGCGAUUCGACGUUCCUGUUGAAACGACUCCUGCCAAGAUCACGACCGAAAGUGGUGAAACCUUGUACGUCUUUGAGAAGGAUGGCUGGGUGGUCGUCAAAUUUAACUUUGCAUAUGAUUCCCAUUAUGAGCUGCGUUGGGAUGGACUGAUGAGUGCUCAGAUUCUACUGGGAGCCAAUGCCCCUGCUACAUGUGGUCUGUGCGGUAAUGCCAAUAACAACACGGCUGAUGAUUUCCAGAUGAGAUGGACGGGAGACGUAGUUGAAAAUGUGAACGAGUUCGGUGACAGCUGGAGAAUUGACAGGAGAAAUAAAUGUAAGAAAACUGCUGAAAUGCCGGAGUGGGAGUGGGAGAAAGACUUUGCAGACCGAAAGCAGGAAGCUACCACAGUUUGCAACAAGAAGUUCGACGCUCCCCAGCUCGUUAAGUGCGCGACUGGCACGGGAUAUGGCAAGCAGGUCAGUCCUAAGCCCUACAAAGAGGCCUGUGUAUCCGACUACAUGAGAUCUGAUUUCCUUCCAGACGAGCUGGCUGGGCUGAACAUGGCCUGUGUGACGGUGAUGAACUACGCUGAGAGAUGUGGAAAUGAGGCGAACAAGAACCACCUCUGGAGGGAAGAAAGUGGGUGCGCUGGGGAGACUGAGGAACUUGAGAAGUUCAAGGAGUUUCUUGGAGAGUUUGAUUGUGACUUUUAGAGUUUUGAAGUCAGGGUCUAGAGAACUUAGAAAGUGCGACUGACUAUCAACUUGAGAUUAUUCAGAUAGUUCGCUAUAAAAUCAAAUAGAAAACCUUAUAAUCUUGUUUACUCGAUGCUUUUAGGUGUGAUGAUACUAUGUGUGAAAAAAUAAUCGUUCUUGCACGCUAAUAUUUUUAGAAAAUAUAUUGUAAUUAUUAAUAAUUAUUGACCCAUUAUUGAUAUAAAAUGGAA